GUUUAUCAAAUUGUAUUGCAGUCAGCAGUUGCAAAUGUCGAGGUAUUGAAAUCAAUUCCAAGGGCUGAUGUUGAGCGUGUCAAGGCUGACUGGAUGCUGCUCGGUGCAAGCACAGUGGCGGCUGCAGCUAUGUGUGUACUAGCUGCACAGUACUAUGAGCAGAUGCUGUCGGAUCUCUCGAGACUGGCAGGAACACCACGUGAGGACGUUGCUCAAAUGGCUUCUGCCAUCACACAUGUCACAUUACUGCUUCAACGGUCACCCUCGUUCACUAAAGAGAUA